AUGAAAAUUGAUGUCGAUUGCGGGAUCUCGGAUACUGUCCCACUUUACAGAGAUUCAGACCAUGAAGAAAUGGGGUCAGGGGUUUCUGCUGCGUUAGCGUAUGCCCGAUCAUUAAAUUUGCAGCCUCCAAUCGUGGGAAUCACUGUGUUGGGAGCGUUGUUGAUGCUAUUUGGCGGUACAUUUCGCCCCAUAUAUCUGGUCUUCACGCUUUGUGGGUAUGGUGCCGUCUUUGCACUCUAUCUAUCGCACUGGGUAUUAUCUAAAGACGCAGGUACAGCGGAAAUGAAAGAAGUGUCAAUACCCAUACGUCAAGGUGCUGAGGGCUUCCUGAAGAUUCAGUACACUGCCAUUGCUCGUAUUGCCGUCGGCAUAGCUAUUUUGAUAAUCUUCAGCUACGCAUUUAGAGCAAGCAACACCUUGAGCUCGGGUGUUGAAAAGCUUGGCAACACGACACUGGGAUUAGUGUCUUCCCUGUCAUUUCUCAUCGGAGCGGUGUGCUCAGCUGGGGCUGGCUACGUAAGUAUGUGGGUCUCUGCUAGGUCGAACAUUCGUGUGGCUAGUGCAGCUCGAGGAUCGUACGGAGAGGCCUUGCUUAUCUGUUUUCGUGGUGGUGCCUUUUCAGCCGUGCUGGAUAUCACUCUUUGUGUAGGUGGAGUAAGUACGCUGUACGUGAUGCUGUACCUGUUAUUCGGCUCUGUUUUGCUUCCGACGGAAAUUCCGUUAUUGAUGGUCGGAUAUGGUUUUGGUGCAUCUUUUGUGGCACUAUUCAUGCAGUUGGGUGGAGGUAUUUACACCAAGGCAGCAGAUGUUGGCGCGGAUUUGGUCGGGAAAGUAGAAGCCGGGAUUCCAGAGGAUGACCCGCGCAACCCAGCGGUUAUUGCUGACUUAGUCGGAGAUAUGGUUGGUGACUGUGUUGGCAGUAGUGCUGACGUGUUUGAGUCUGUAGCUGCUGAAAUUAUCGGAGCAAUGAUUCUUGGUGGCACACUAGCGCGUGAAGCUCAUCUACCAUAUCCUGUGGCGUUUGUUUUCUUCCCAGUAGUUGUGCAUGCCUUUGAUAUUGCAGUGAGUAGUGCCGGAAUAUUCAUGGUUAGAGCUCCAUCCGACGUCGAGGCGUCACGACCUGAUCAUAACCCCAUGGCCACCUUGCAGACUGGUUACAAUGUAUCUCUGUCCUUAGCGCUAGUUGGUUUUGCCUUUACAACGCACUGGCUAUUGUACACACCGGAAUAUCCGACAGCAUGGAUUAAUUUCUUUUUGUGCGGUGUUGUUGGUAUGCUUACAGCCUACGUUUUCGUUAAAUCAACGCAAUAUUACACAGAUUACGCUCAUCCACCUGUGCGGAGCAUUGCAAAGGCUAGUACAACAGGUCAUGGCACGAACAUUAUUACAGGUGUGGCAGUGGGCAUGAAGAGUACGGUUGUUCCGACUCUUAUGGUGAGCUUUGCUGUGAUUACUGCAUAUCACUUAGGUGCUAGCUCUGGUAUCGGUGGAGUGGGGAAUCGUCACGCUGGACUUUUUGGAACGGCAGUAGCCACCAUGGGAAUGCUCUCUUCUGCAGUAUUUGUGCUCUCAAUGAACAAUUACGGUCCAAUCGCUGAUAACGCUGGAGGAAUCGCUGAAAUGAGUCGUCAACCCGAUUAUGUGCGUGAUGCGACGGAUAAACUGGACGCUGCUGGAAAUGUGACUAAAGCGAUAACGAAGGGGUAUUCGAUUGGCUCGGCUGCCCUUGCGUGCUUUGUGUUGUUUGGUGCGUUCAUGGAUGAAUUUUCUGAGUUUGCCGGUCGAGAGUUUAAGGCGGUGGAUAUUGCAACGGUUGAGGUAUUAGUGGGUGGUUUACUGGGUACAAUGAUGGUCUUUUUCUUUACGGGACUCGCUGUUGCUGCUGUGGGUGAGACUGCUGGCGAGGUCGUGAAUGAAGUGCGCCGACAGUUUGAACUCUACCCCGGAAUUAUGGAAUACAAAGCAAAGCCUGAUUACCGCACGUGCGUUGCGCUCGUUACCAAGGCUGCUCUCAAACAGAUGCGCUUUCCUGGUCUACUGGCUGUGCUAAUGCCUAUAGUUGUGGGUCUGACCUUUCGUGUGAUUGGCGAGUACCAAGGCAAACCGUUGUUGGGAGCAGAAGUUUUAGCUGGGUACCUUAUGUUUGGCACAGUGACAGGUAUCAUGAUGGCUCUGUUCUUGGACAACGUAGGUGGUGCCUGGGACAAUGCUAAGAAGUACGUUGAGUUGGGCAACUUUGGAGGCAAAGGCAGUGAGGCACACAAAGCAGCGGUGACUGGCGACACUGUGGGCGAUCCAUUCAAGGAUACGGCUGGUCCGGCACUACACGUAGUUAUCAAGUUGUUGUCCACGACAGUGCUAGUAUUCGGUCCGCUUUUUGUGUCGCGAGAGUAA